GCACUGAAAACUCAACACAUCGAUAUGUUUGGUCGGCAUGACUGCCAAAUUAAUCCAUAAUAGAAGCAAUACCGUGGUCAUUUGUGUCCGUGCUGUUGAAAGAUACAUCUAGUUUGUGUGCUCUUUGCUAAUUGUUGAAACAGAAAGAAAGCCAGCAUCAGCCAGCAAAUCAGCAGCAGUGGAGAGCAGAACAUAAGUAUAGCAGAAAAGCACAAGCGAAACACACAGGAAAACAAGUAAAACAGCAGAAACAUGGCUCAGGAAGGACAGGAUAUGCCCACAUUCAAGUGCGUGCUGGUCGGCGAUGGCGGCACUGGAAAGACAACAUUCGUCAAACGUCACAUGACCGGCGAAUUCGAGAAGAAAUAUGUGGCCACACUGGGCGUGGAGGUGCAUCCAUUGAUCUUCCAUACCAAUCGCGGUGCGAUCCGUUUCAAUGUAUGGGACACAGCUGGCCAGGAGAAAUUUGGCGGACUACGCGAUGGCUAUUACAUUCAGGGCCAAUGCGCUGUCAUCAUGUUCGAUGUAACAUCGCGUGUCACCUACAAGAAUGUGCCCAACUGGCACAGAGAUCUGGUGCGCGUCUGCGAGAAUAUACCCAUUGUCCUCUGUGGCAACAAGGUUGACAUCAAGGAUCGCAAGGUCAAAGCCAAAAGCAUUGUGUUUCACCGAAAGAAAAAUUUGCAGUACUACGAUAUCUCUGCAAAGUCGAAUUACAACUUUGAGAAACCAUUCCUUUGGCUGGCCCGCAAGCUGGUCGGUGAUCCAAAUCUGGAGUUCGUAGCAAUGCCGGCGCUGCUGCCACCGGAGGUCAAAAUGGAUAAAGACUGGCAGCUCCAGAUCGAGCGUGACUUGCAGGAGGCGCAGGCGACCGCCUUGCCUGAUGAGGAUGAGGAUCUAUAAGCAUAUUAGUUUACAAAUGAAUUCAAAACAAAAUAUAAUUGAGAGAAAAAAAGAAAAAAACCAACUUACAAACUAAGAAAAGAAAAAAUAAUAAAAAAAAAAAGAGAAUAAACGGAAAUUUUGGAAAGAACAACAGCAACAACAGCAAGAUCAAGAACUAGAGCUUUGUGAAGAACAACAGCAGAACAACAUGAGGAGAAAAUGAAGCGCUGGGAUUAAAAUAUAAGGAGUUGUAUAUCUACACUACACACACAUACACAUAUAGCAGCAAGCACACACACACACACACAGAGAGUGUGUGUAUUAGAGGGUUGUUUCCAAACAUAUUAUCAUGUUGAUAAUGCAGGUCUAAUUUUUUUUUUUUUUUUUUUUUUAUAUAUAAUUUUAAUUUCGGAUUUCACUCAUUCGCUUUUGGUUUGACUUCGGCUAGACUUUUUCGUGACACACACAUACACACAAAACUUUUACGUUGGCCAGAAGCUAACAAAGGAAAAUGAGAGGAGUAUAAGAAAGCAUGAUAUCCCCGAAGGCAGAAAAUGGAAACAAACAAAACAACACAACAAUGAAACAUUAAUUAAGAAAAUUAAGCAAAAAUUGUCAAUGGCAUCAAAUUAUCAGCUUAGCUAAAUUGUGAAAUUUAGAAGUCAUAAAUAGGUUACACUGCAACAACAAUAAUAAUAAUAAUAAUAAUAACAACAACAACAACGGGAGCAUUGACAACACAACAACAACUACAAAUUAUUGCGAUUGAAAUGGAUGAAUAAACAGCUAAGAUUAAUAAAAAUGAAAACACAAAGAA